AUGCUGGAACGAACUAUCACUGCGAUCAACAAUAGAGACUCCCCCGAUAUAACUAGCAGACCAUCCUCUCUCUCGUCACAAGCGCGUGGUACAGAUAUCAAUACCUCGGUUUCAGCCGGCGAUCAUACUGCGCUGACAGAAGGCUUUUUGGUGAAAGAUGGCACAUCUACUCGAUACGUUAACGAGUUGCUCUUCUCACGCGUCCUGGAGAAGGAGAGCGAGCUUCAAUCCGCCAUUGACACACCAGCAAGCACUAACAACAGUGAGGCGAGCCCAAUUAUUGGCUUUGAUGGCCUCAUCUCCAACCCCCAGUUGGCUGCCGACGCAAUUUCUCUCUUCCCAUCUCGAGGGCAAGCAACACACCUCUGGCAAGUCUUCUUGAACAACGCGGACGUUCUUCUCAAAGUACUUCACAUCCCGACAACGCAACCUGCUGUAUUUGCUGCCAUCAAUAACCCGAAAGCUGCUUCGAAAGACCUCAAUGCUCUUCUGUUCUCCAUUUACUUUGCUGCAGUUACAAGCCUGUGCUAG